CAAUAUUCUCACCGCCCAUGAUUUCAGGUGACCGGUAAACGGUUAUGUAGCAAAUAUGUUCAUAAUCUCAUACCAGCAAUUGUGACAGUCUUCAAGUGGUCUGCAUUCCACUCUCCCUUCACUAUUAUGAUGGCUGGCAGGAUUCCCGAGUCGACACGAGCAUUGGUCGUUAAGAAGUGCCCCGCGGAGGCAAAGCCUAUCUAUCAUGAUGCAGUCCUGGAGACACGCUCAUUGCAGCGACUCAAACAAGGAGAAAUCCUUGUGAAAAUGGGAGCUGUAUCGUUCAACCAUCGAGAUCUUUGGAUACGCCUUGGUCAAUACCCAGGAAUCAACUUUGGGAGCACCUUUGGUGCUGAUGGAGCAGGCACGGUGGUUGCAUCGGCAGAUUCAAACGAUGCACUCCUGAACAAACGCGUCUUUCUGACUCCCAUGCGAGGUUGGGAAAGCAAACCAGACGCACCAGAAACAGAAAACGGUUUCGGAAUCCUUGGAGGUGGACGGAACCCUCCGUUAGGAACGUUCGCCGAAUACGUUAUAGUGGAGAGAAAUCAGGUUAUUCGUUCUCCAGAUCAUCUUGAUGAUGUCCAAGUCUCCGCUUGGCCCCUUGGUGGCCUGACUGCUUGGAGAGCAGCAAUUGUCAAUGCUGGAGCAUCGAAAGGUCAAAACAUUCUUAUUACCGGAAUUGGUGGAGGAGUGGCACUUCUUGCCAUGCAACUGUGUCUAGCCAAAGGCGCUAAUGUCUAUGUUACGAGUGGUAGCGAGGAAAAAAUCCGGAAAGCAGCUGCCCUUGGAGCCAAGGGCGGAGUGAACUACAAAUCGAAGGAUUGGCCAUCACAACUUGCUGCCAUUCUAGCGAACAACAGCGGAAAAUUGGCGAAGAUUGAUGCAGUUAUUGACUCUGGCGGUGGAGACAUCGUGACACGAGUGAAUAGUAUCUUGAAACAGGGCGGCAAAGUCGUGGUCUAUGGGAUGACUGCAAAUCCCCAAAUAAAGUUCACCAUGCGAGAAGUGCUCAAGAAUCAGCGGGUUAUCGGUUCGACGAUGGGCUCCCACAAGGAUCUCACCGAUGCGACCAAAUUUGUGUCCGAACACCGCAUUGUCCCAGUAGUGUCACAUGUCCUCGAGGGACUUGAAGCUGCAGAAGAAGGCUUCGAGCUGAUGAAGCAUGGAGGUCAAUUUGGAAAAAUUGUCAUUCGGAUUAAUGACAAGGUCAAUGCGAAGUUGUGAUGAUGGUUAUUGGACCUCGUUUCUGUAAUAUAGUCCAACAUGUUGAACUGGCCUCUUCGUGUUCUUACCCUCUGUACUUGUCUCCCUGGCUUCAUUCCUUUCCUGUUGUGCGCGCUCCUGCGUCCCGAUAGUACAUGAUGCCACUUUGGCCUAAUGUAGUUGUGGAUCGACAAUCUCGGAUGCUAUAUUUUCUCA